AUGCAGCGCGAACCAAUGGUGCACAAGGAUGCCGGCAAACUACCAGGCGCCGCUGCCAUUGCUGCGCCGCGGAUGCGCCAGAACGGCACCGGGCAGCUGUGGUCGUAUAUAAGCCGGGCCUGGAAACUACGACGAUCUGCCACCGCGCCGGAUAGACCGUCGCCGCCAGGAUCGGAACAAGACUCGCAGCCGCAGCCGCAGUCGCAGCCGCAGUCGCAGUCGCAGUCGCAGCCGCAGCCAAGGCCGCCGUCGCCGUCGCAGCCGCCGCCGCCGCCGGAACAGGCGCAACCGAUAUCGUGGCUGUACGAGACGUCGAGACCGCCUAUUGUCACAGUCAAGGUAUCCAGCCACGAGAAGCUGCUUCAGGACGAGUACGAUACGCACCGCAAGAUCGAGUCGGCCUUUGACCGGGUCGGCAGGGGCGUCGGCAGGGCCGUCGUCCUGCCCUAUGUGCCUCGCUGUGUGACGUUUCGUCCUCGGGUUCACCUGUCGCAGUAUUCGGAGCGCGAGCUGCCACGGACCGGCCUGCCGACGUACUCUGCCGCCUACGAGAUGGAGCACAUCCGCCCCUUCAACAAGGACCACGUCAACUACCUCGUCAAGAGGCACAUUGCGCACUUUGUGCAGGACAAGGCCCUGGCCGACGUGGUCGACUCCCGUCUCGUCGUCCAGGUCUGCCUGGGCGACUUGCGGCCCCUCUCGGACAAGUGGCAGCUCGGGCUGGACAAGCGCCCGGCGUACCUGGACCAGCUGCACCAGGAAGGCGUCGACAUCAACGGCUUGGCCGAGAUCAUGGGGUCCGCCCUCGCCGUGCUCCACUGGCACUGCGGACUGGACGGCGCGGGCGUCGAGUUUGUGCUCGGCUGCGAGAGGAAGGGCUACAUCCGGCUCUGGCUGACGUCCUUUGGUGCGUGCAGGCCCUUUGAGCCGACAGCCGCCCAGGUCAGGACCAGCCUGGUGGACGCCAUCAUGCAGAACAACUCGUGCUGGCCGAGAUGGGUCAACCUGCGACCCUUUCGACACAUGUGGUGCAAGUUCCGCAUGGCCUACAUCAACAUGGCGCUGCUGCUGGAUGACGACUGCGAAGGCAAGCUGGCCGAGGAGUUCCUGCCCAGCAUCUUUAUCAACGAGCUGGAGAUGGCGCGGGGGCCUUCGCAACUGGUCCAUGGACGGUCCUGUGGCUUGGCGGAACAAGACGACGAGAAACGAUUCAACGACGGCAUGAUGCUGGGGGACGACGUGACGACGGGAACCACCAGGCAGCCCGCUACUUGA